AUGGAAAGUUACGCAAGACCAAACAAACGGAGGUAAAAGUCGAAGUAUAUUUUAAAAUGAUGUUACUUUACUCUAAUUUUUCAUAUAUCUCCAAUGAUUCGACUGCUUAGAUAUUUCUUGCCUUUUUUGACGCUGCAGUUGACACCACAGUGUCACUACUAUUUACAUUAGGCUCUUAAAAUAUUCCUUACUGUUUACAACUCGAUAUGCUAAUUUAUGUGAAAUUUAUUUGUUGUUGUCAACUUCAUAAAAUCUGCAUUAGUUCUCAGGUAGGUUUCUCAGAGUCUAUGCGAUCCGUUUCAAUUAGAAUUUUGCAACAAGCCUUCGACCCCUUGACCUGCUGGCCUAUACCCCUUGGUCUCCUACGUCAUAGGUUAGGGAUUCUCUUACCAACUGGUCAUUCGCGGUCAAAUAAUCAUGAUUACAGCAGCUAUUAGCGACCGAUGACAAUACUAUCAAAUGACAAACUGACAGCUGUUGGCUCAAGCUUCAUGGACACGAUAGUCUUAGAAUAAUGCAACCUUUUAAUUUUUUUCUUUAUAGAAAGCUCGAUGAAGUCCACGACGUUCCCGGUAGGUAACCUUACGAAGUUUGUCUAAUCUUUCAACCCUAAUGCACCUGAUGUCUCUUUACAAUAUCUCUCGCCGCCCCACCCUGAAUCAUAAUUAUAUAGAAGUCACCAGAAUAAAGGAAAUGAUGGCGAGCUUAAGGAGCUCUUGAUUGUUUGGAAAACAACUUGUUAAACCUUUUACAGACUAACAUCAGUAUGCAUAUUCUCCUUACUGGUGCCUAAACAAUUCACAAGGUGCUGACGAGGAGAAUUUGUUUAAAAAACAAGAGCUUCUUCUGUAGGUGAUCAUUUCCUUUCUUCUCUUCAACUUGAUAUGUGAUUCUGGUGUGAUGUUGUUAGGAGAAGUUAGAUGCUAGUCACUCUAAGGGGGUCGAAGGGUUUGGAUGGGGGGGGGAAGGGUACACUCGCUCCAAUUUUACUGAUUAAAAUCUCAAGUAUUUAUUAAUUUUUUUGUUGUCUUUGACACUCACGGCGUUUUUCGAGAAAUGAUUAUAAGACAGCCGCAGAACGAGAAAAAAAAACAUUCUUGAAUGGAUCAAGCUGUAAUUUUUCACAACGUCUUUACUCGCUGUGUUUUUGUUUUAGGACCAACAGAAAGCCAAUAUCCUCACGAGCCCAGCUCUCAAGUAACCUAUGGAGAACGUAAAAGAAAUAUACCUCAAGACCUGAUCGACAGAUUGAACAUCAAUUAUGACGUCACGGAGAGAUUACAGCGGCUAACGAAAUUUUGUGGGAAAGCGGCUACCGCUGAGAAAAUAGGAGGUGUUCUUACUGAAGGGGAAACGAAUGAUGGGUCAAACUACAACAGAGAGGAAAUGACUAACGGGAAUCACAACAAAGAAGACAAAGAAAGUGCAACUAAAGAAAUCGGAUGUAAUAAAUCUGUAGAUGGAGAUUGCGAACGAGGUAAGGGUUGAAGAGAGAGUUUACCCUUUUUUUUAACCGAGAAAAAAAUUGUUGCUGAUAGGGAUUCACUCGCAUUACCUUCCGAAAAGAGCUAAAGAGCUUGAUUAACCCUGAGCCACGCGAGAAACUUCUGAAAUUGAUUUUCACGCCUUAUACGAGACUCGCACGUGAUACCUUUCCUGCAUGGUGCUUGCAUCAGCAGAGUUAAAGUAGCCUGAGAGUAAAAUUGAAGUACAGAGGCAGCUCUUGUUUUUUAAACAAAUUCUCAUCGUCAGCACCUUGUGAAUUGUUUAGGCACCAGUAAGGAGAAUAUGCAUACUGAUGUUAGUCUGUAAAAGGUUUAACAAUGUGCAAUGAUACCGGUAGAUAUAAAUCUUAGGCCUUUGUAUUCCACAGACCAUCUUUAUAUCAGAUUCCUAGAGAAUGGACUUAGUUUCGAUAAACAUUAUACUCUGUAAACAUUAGAAAGAAACAGAUACUUGAGAACUGCAUUUGAAAUAAGUUUGACUGUAAAAAUGUUAAAAAAUAAUAUAUGUGAACUGCGGAUAAAGACGUGAAUAUGAAAGUGAUCUUUGCAGUAAAGAAGAGGUAGGUCAUGGCUUCAAAUCCCGUACAGGCCUGAAUUUUUUUUUCAGGUCUUAUUUUCACUACUGCUUAAGUAGUGUUCAUUACUGCGAAGAUCGCUUUCAUAUUCAUGUAAUUAGUGUGUCAUGUACCAGGGUGGGGGUUUCCAGGUGCUGCUACUUACUCUUAACUUAAGGAUCGUGGUUAAAACGCCAUACGAGCACUGAGCAAGACGUGCAAGUGACAAGUACGAAUACAUACAAGUACAUGCGGCUACAUAAGAGUGACACACGAAUACCUUUGGGUUAAAAUUUACCAUUUUUUCUCUUCAUGAUGCAACCGAACCGUCAGUGCAGGUUGCAAUGACCUGUUUUUACAAACACUCACAUGUAUUUACUCGUACGUACCCGUAUGUACUCGUGUGUCUCUCGUAUGUAACUCGUAUGUCACUCGUAUGUCACUCGUAUGUCACUCGUAUGUCACUCUUAUGUAACUCGUAGCGUCUGCGUGGAGUUUUCGUCACGAUCUUAAACGUUUUUUCCUUUCGAAGGUUUACCACCACUUCAAAAUAUUAUGAAAGGCACAGAAACUGCAGCCUUAGGCAAUGAAGAUAAAUUUGAGGAUGCCGCCAAUAAUGUGGAACAAGCCGGUCCUGAUGUUCUUAUAUUCAAACAGGUACAGUAUAUGACAUGCUUGUGUUCAUGAAAAUACUUCUCGGUGAGGAAUCGAUGAUUAAAUUUUCUAAGAGGGUAAAUGUGUGCUCUUAAAGGGCUAGGUUACGACAAGUGUAUGCGCAUUUGGAACGGAAAAAAUAUUGGUACCUUUUGCCGUCUGGUUUCGUACAAUCCGUUAAAUCCUGAGAUUGGGCCACUGCGAUAAGGUCUGAGAUAGGAUUCACGUCAAGGGUAUAUACUGGGUUUACUUUCUCCUGUAGAUAGAGAAUACUUUGUUGAUUAUAAUCUUUCUUUAGGUGUUGAAAGAAAUUAUCGAACAGCGCACAAAGGUUGUUGAAGAAAAAGUGGCGGAAAAUUCACUGAAACUUCAAAAUCGGAUACGAGAGCUCGAGAGAGAAAACAGAGAACUACAGUGGACUGCAAGGAGAAUAUUUGCUGCCUUUCGACAAUUAUUGAUAGAGAAUGAAAAAGUAAGUCUAUUUCACCUGAUUUACGUUCAAAUGAUAUUUGCUUCGAAUACCUACAAUUUUCUUUUGAAGUUGCUCUAAACCCUCGCGAGUGUCUUCUGUAACAAAACUUGGUAUGCGCGCUGUUUUUUAGGAAAUCACCAUAAAUUAUAUAUAAAUGAAAAGUUUAUUAAGUGCAGAAGUCGUUAAAGUUAAAAUCUAUUUUGUUUUUUUCCUCUUUUAAGGCAAACGAAACCGGGAAAUAGAAAAUGACUAAACGCCAUACCAUCGAGUCAAUCGGAUACCAAACUUGAUUGCUGAUGAAAAAAAGCGCCGACUCCCUUUUGUUCCUCAAAAUUCAUUAUAUAUUCAGACCAAAUUUAACGGAAUUCGCCCGAUUCAACAAACUCUAUUCAUUACGAUUACGGGGGGGGAAGGGGGUGUUUUGUCGAUUUUUUAGUUUUCUAAACAUCUCACUUCUCCUCGGAAAAUUAUGUCAAUACCAGGCUCGCACCGUCAGCCGUCAGCCGUCAGCCAAUAAUAUAGUAGAACCCCUGAUGUUCACAAAAGGCAAAAUGGCGCUUCACAGUUUUCGAUAAGCAUGAGACCGAAUGCUGAGGAAAGCUCUUUUUAGGGGGGGCCAGCCUGAGGAGAUUGUUCCUAGUGUCCUCUCCUUCCGUUUAGCUGUAGGUGAUCUGAUGAAUCAGUUUUUCUUUUUUUUUUUUUUUUUAAAUUACCUAACUAUAAAUUAAACGCCUAGCUUUCCCUAAAUCAAGUUUGUUUUAUUUCAGAGCAAAGAGCCAAAAACAUCACGCGGAGUCCAAGUCAGCACCAUCUGUGAAUCGGUAAAGAAACCUUUUGAUCAGACAUUACUGAUCGAACGAUAUACCUUAUUUGUUAAAAAUCCUUUCAGCAAAGCACUUUUACUUCACACAACUAAAGUGCCAAUUUUAAAUGAAUGAACUGAUCGCUGAACUUGAUUUACGAGCACAUAAAGCUAAAAUUAAGAGAUUUUCUUUGAUGCUGUAGUGUUGCUAUAGUAACCUUGCAUAACGUGAAGAUGGCGAAAUAAUGUUGAGAUGUAACUGGACACUCUUUUGACACUAUUUUGAGGGAAACCUAUUAAAACAUGUGGAAGUAUCGGUCCAUCAAAGAAUUGGUGUUUCAAAUUAACAAAAACUAUUUUUAACAACCUUAUGAAGCUAUUGUUUUAUUUCCUAAAUUGCAGGCCUCUGAGAAAGAAGUCUCCGAAAGAACACUUCACAUAACCACUGCCGCAAAGGUAAAUGGUGUAAGCACAAUUCUCGCGUCGACGACAGCAGCUCCCCUGACAUCUAUUGCAUCAAAAGUUGUGACAUUAGCAGAAGAUCCACAGCCCUCUCUUCAAGCAGCGCCAAGGGUGUUAUUUGAUUCGCAGCAACCCUUGACAGAGAAGCCGGCACCUACCGCUGUUGUGUACACUGUGAAACCCAGACUUGCCCAACUUGCAGAAAAGCAGAAUGGUACUAGCACUCACAACCGUUUCCAUGUGCCCCGUCCUUCAGCAAACGAAUCCACAGCGGCUUUCUUACAAGUAGAACCAGGACAAUCUUCGGAAUCAAUAGCCUCCAGAGCAUUCAGCCAACCUCCUCCGGCUCUGCAGAAUCAGGCAAAAUCUCUUUUGGAACUGAUUCGAGAAAAUCAGCUUAAGCUAUCCCAGCAAACGGAACGUCUGGAACGACAGCAGCAAAUUCAACAGCAACGCACAUCACAUCCGUUGGUUCAAUCAACGCAACAACAUCCAUCUGAAACUACAGCUUCCCUUUUACAACAAUUGCAACGUCAGCAACAACUUCAGCAACGGCAACAACACUAUCAGAAACUGGUGGAACGCCAACCGCAUAAAACACUUCUACCAACAUCAAGUCAAAUAACUGAUCAGGUCACACCCACUUUGUCCGUCUUUUCCUCCCAAAAGCAACGACAUUCCACACCAGAACAACAAGUAAAAUCCCAGUCCCAAUUGGUCAGACCUUCAGAUGAAUCGCAGGAAAAGCGGCCGUCAGCUAAUUCUUCUAUUGCCUUGCUACAGCAAAGAGAUAAUUCAGCAAUUUAUCAUAGGCCAUCCCCAAGUCACAUGCAUUUCGUGGGAAACUCACAGACCAAGACAUCGUCAGUUCCCUCGCAUCCGCCAAUCAUGUUCAACACAAAACAGAUUGAUGAGGUCUUGAAACGCAACGAAACAGCUUUGCCUCCAAAUGGGAAGAGUCCAAUGUACAUGUCAACCCCUCAACGUGAACCUCCAUCCCAGUCUACUUCUUCAAAACAAGCUCCAAUUAAUCUUCAAAGAUCAAACUUAACGCACACGAAGCCUCCAGCACAGGAGGUGAUUAAACAUCACGUCCACCACGAACGGCAUGUAUUAUCAGCACAGCCUGCUGCAGAAGUGACAGUGGAAAACGCGGUAGCACGAGGUCAAACGAAUACACCACUUUCUCAGCGCCUGGUAUCAACUGACAUUUUCCAUGCUCGACCAAAAUCAGUCGGUAUGCAAAAGCAUGCGCAGCAUCCAAGCUCUCAAUUGCAGAAUAUGCAAUCACGACCACCACCUCAAGUCGCAACCCAAAUGCAGAACACAACUGAAACCAAGCCUGAACAUGAGGUUUCCUCCUCCCUGUCUACAGCAAUCGCUAAGCACAAACCAAUUCAAUCGGAUGUUUCAAGCAUGCCACAAACUAUUUUGGUUCCAGCUCGCAAAAAACACACAAGUGAAGAGCUCCUUCCUUCUGGUUACAGAUUCUCGCUUCCAUCACCUGAGUAUCUUCUUCAGCGUCGGAAGCUAUAUGAACAAACGCAAAACCGUGCUCAACCGCUGACUUCCCAAAGUAGACAAGUAUCCAUGACUCAUUCCCUUGAAAAUAACUCUUCGAAGGAGAGAAUAAUGGUCUCUUCGACGCAUUCUAGUGGACACGCAGAAGCUGUAUAUACGAUGCAGUCCUCCAACUUUCACACCACAGCCAUCCCAACUCGACCAUUCCAUCAAAAUGGGCAGCGCGUUGAUGUACCAAGCCAGUUGCCUCAUACGGACGCUUAUAACCCUUUUCUAUGUCGACCAUCAGAUAUUCUUCUGUCGCAGAAGAAGCAACAUGAAAACCUUUCACAGUCUCGUAACCAGUUGUACAAACCACUUCAAGGGCAAGAACAAGGUCAGUUACCUACAGGAACAGACGAAGGUGGAAAUCUUCGAAGUAGCGUACCAUCUCUACAUAGGCCUCCCAUCCAAUCUCCAGGAAUAUCCUCAAGUGAUCCACGUAUUGAGAAGAAUCCCCGUGAGGCUGAAAAAUCAAGUAUGGCAAAUAGUUUAACCCGGAGUUCUUUAAGCGAUCAUGGAGAUGCACUAAAACCUCUUCCUAAGCCGUCAGCGUCGAUUGCUGCGAGGGAGAAAAAAAUUGUUCUCUCUUGGAAUAUGGAACAUGAUGACACAUCAGUCAAAGUAGAUAAUUACGAACUGUUUGCAUGCCAAGAUGUCGACGAAAGCAAAGGCCAACCAAUCAAGUGGAAAAAGAUAGGUAUCGUGAAAGCUCUUCCACUUCCAAUGGCUUGUACACUCACUCAGUUCUCUUCUGGCAGCAAGUAUUUCUUUUCUGUUCGAGCAGUGGAUGAAAAAGAACGAGCUGGUCCAUUUAGUGAUCCGUGUACUGUCUCACUAAGUUCUCACAAAGUUGCUUGAUAUGCAACUGAACGAAAACUUACCCAGGUUAUUUAAUAAUUUAUUCAUUUUUUUUUGAGGGGGGAGGGAUGUGACGAUUUCUCGACAUUGUUUUGAUUUUUCUAUAACAUUGUCGAGUACGUUUUUUGUUUGUUUUUUGCUUGGAUUAUAUAAAAAAUUGUAAAAUGAUAACACCCAGUAGAAUUGUCAAAUUAAGUAAAUUGAGAUUGGAAACAUGAGAGGACUCCGAUAGUAUUUGGUUUGUCCUCCCUAAUGUUCCUUUCCUUUGCAAUGUGAUCAUUGUGCUCAUAAAGGCUUUGUUCGCCUUGCUCCUCAGGCUACUCUCACUUCCAAAUAGGUUUUUCCACUUUCUUAAAGCCCUCUCCCUGAUCGAUAAAAUUCUCCAUGAACGUUUCUCGGUUUUCUAAAUAAGCAUGAAUCAGUGAUAUCACUGAGACCUCAGUUGCUAUUUUGUAAUUUCGUCAUAAAAGCGAUAGCGAAAAGUCAGACAAAAUCCACAUAAUACGUUAUAGACACAGGUGCGUCUUACAUUUAAAAGUAAUGAUGGUGGAGCUCGCAGCGCCCUAAAGGUGAUUCAUCAAGAAAAAAAAAGUUAUUAAACAGUUUUAUUUAAACUUUUCUUAAAUGUUUCCUUUCAAUGUCUGUUCGAAAAUGACAAUAAAAAAGAUAGGGCUCUGUGCUUGUUUAAGAGAUAUGAUGAGCCAAACUUAAUCCAUUAAUGCCUGUGAUGGAACUAACCACGCGAGUCAUUUUCAUGGUUCACAGUACAUUAUGAGGCAGCUAAAAGCAAGGGCUUUCAAAGUUACACUUGAAAAAAACUUGAUAGGUAGAAAUUCUCAAGCGUAGGGAACAAUUUGACGUAAAUCUGUGAAAAAAUCACCCAUUUUUAAACAACAUCGACCCGUAACGUUCCUCGAGUCGUUGCCCUCCGCGUCAUAGUAGGAGGGCAACGUUCCUCGAGUAACGGGCUUCGUGCACGCUUUUACCUAGAUCUUCUUUUCCCUUGGAUGAAGUUUUUUUAUUUCUCCAAUUUAAAGGAGAUAAUUUGUACACCAAAAUUAUAUGAUAAAAUAUAGGUGACCGUUCUCGCUCAAGAGCUAAAAAUAAUCACACCUCUUUACCGGGUCCAUUUACUGAAAACCACCACCUUCUUCUCGGAAUGCGCGCGCUUAUUCGCCUGAUUACGCAAUUUUUAUGCUCAGUACAGGAUGCGCGGUGCAAUCCUAAGAAAUCACCUUAGGACAGGCGUGCAGUGUGGCAUAUCACUUUAAUAAUUGGUAACCCAACGAAGCCCAGAAAAUUUGGUCUUGAUGUUAGACCAUACAUCCAUCCGUCCAUUUAUGAUUUACGUGCGCUGCAUUGCAAGUGCAACACGUGCCUUGAAAUGUAAAUGAAUAUUAGCGACUGUCAACGUCCCCGAAAAGAAUGUUUUUUAUACCCUGUCUCGAUCGAAAACAUAAUAUAGAGCUCCGAAUGAAAAGCAAAUAUGUUAAAGAGUAUUAGAAUUUUUUUAAAAGUGCUUUGACUCUCAAUUGCACCAUACUUGGAUUCGCAAAAGCAAUGCGAAUUACGGCAGGAAAAUAAAACAGAAGUCGCUCACUCAGAGCAAAAUGUUUCGAAAUUUGGAAAAUUAAAGAUAUCGUUUGAUUUCAGACUUUGUGUACUAUCAAGCAGAAAUCAGAAUUUUCAACAGAAACUCGCAGAAUUUCCUGUUUGUCAAAUCAAAUCAACAACGUUCAAGUAUGGAUUAUUCUGUUGCGUGGUUUUCGUUUUUGCGAAAAGCUCCCAUUUUUUUGUACUACUAAAAGCAAAUCAGCUCUUCUCUAAAAAUAUAGGAAUUUAAUUUUUUGAUCAAGUGUUGGGAAAAAUACCUGGAGAUUCGCUUUCAAGCCGCGCUAAAAUCUAAUUUACGUCUUACUUGCAUUUGAGCCAGCAAAGAAAGCGCUGUUUGCUAUAUCUUCACGGUCACUACGAGUAGAAAACGACCUAAAAGGCCUCUUGGCGAGUCAUUUUCCUCCAUUAACCAAUCACAGUCCUCCUUAAUUAUGAGUUGCGUUGAUCAAGCUCCGUGAGUGACGCCAAAGAUCAAGAACUGGUGCCGCCACCUGUUGCAGCUAGCUACUGAAAAUUUCCGGCAUUUUUUUUACUUGAACACAGCUUUACGUGAUUUGAAAUCCCCUAUAAAUCUGUAGGACACCAAGGAGUAUUUUGAUGUUUAUUUUCGUCCUUUUCAUUGUGGAUUAACCGGUUUUAGGCAAAAGCUGUGCACAAAAAAGAACUCUCCAAGGAAUAAUAGUGCGACUGACCGAGGUAAGUCACCAGUUGGUAAAUUAUAUGUAAGUAGGGAAUUUCUUGUUUGCUUUCUUGUGGUAAAGGUUCUUUUAGACUUGCGAUUUCAAUGUGAUUUACAAGUCUUAACCUCAGUUGAAGUAAGCAGAGUCUGUUCUUCUGGGCUGAAACUACAACAUCAUCUUGAAUAUAGUAAACACUGACACGAAACCAAAACCAUUGUAAUUACGGAACAAAGCUAUAACACGGUAGCGCUAUGAAUCGGUUUUUAUAACUUCAACUGAAUAUCUUGUCAACAAUUCGAGAGGGAAAGUUAAUAACCUUGGUUUAAGACUGCAAAAAAAUUGUAAUGUAUUGCGAUUUGAAAUUAUUCAUGAAUUCAAACAGGAAAACCGCAGUCGCCGCCCAUCUUGUAUUUUAGGCCUCGACGGACAACAUUAAUUGACGACAAAUUGCCAUAUCAAAGAUAAAGGCGGUUAGAUCUCAUUUCCGUUAUGCAUCGUAUUUCGUAGGGCCAUUCGAUCAGUAAAUCAGUAAAAAUACUUUUUUUAAGCCGGCGACAUUUUGUACUUUACAGAAUGUUUAAUCUACGUGGUGUCAACAGAUUGGAUAAGUCGAAUUCUGCCCGCUGUUGGCGUGAAAAUUCAUUCUUGAUUUUGAAAAAAUACAUGUAUUUUUUAAUUUUUUUCCCUUCGUUUGAGAGGCGGAUAUUGAAUAGUCUUUCUCUGACUCUAACAAGAGAUAACCACGAGAAGCUUUGACACAUGCUAAAUAUAAACAGUGUGAAACUCUUAAGCUUAAAUUCAAGCGUGUUGAGAACAUAGUGUUCACAACUCCAGGAAAUUCAUUAAAUAUCUCUGUUCUUGGAUUUUCCUGUGAAUUUUAGUACAAGUAAGCGGGAUUUUACUUAAGUUCCACUGAUUAGGCGCGCUCAGUGAAGAGAUUAUCCACCGAUAAUGAAGAAGAUCAAGGUCAAAUGCAACGAUAUUGAGCAAAUAAUUAAAUAGUAAAUAGAUAGGUCGGUAGGUAUAAUGAAUAGGUAGAAAACAUAUGAAAGAAUAAGCGAAAGUUUAGGGAUACUUGCUAAUUCUGACAGAAGUCAACCGGAAUGUGAACUGAAGCAGACGACGACAUACAACUUAACCUGCACCAUCAUAAUAACAAACAACAGGUUUCUCACUGUCCCAUUAACGACCAGUUAGUGUUUAAGACUGGACUCGCUACGUGCAAAAAUGUCCUCGUUUUUAGCCGGGUUUUCAUUAAUUUUCAAGAAAUAAGAAAGUUAUCUCUAAACAGCAAUAAAGUUACGGCCAUCAAGGCCACAUUAGCCAAUUAUUGUCCUCUUUAGAUCUUCAAGUUAUCUUUUGUUUUGAAAUGUUUUUAGGGCUUUCACAUCCGCUUUAGUUUUUGUAACUACAGAUCAAACAAUGUAUCCUUUGCGCAAUGAUUUAACAUAUAAAUUUCACAAUUUAAAAGGAGAAAAGCAUACCAACAUCUAUUUAAAAAGAGUCAUUUAGGAUCCUUGAACAUCAAUUGGUCAACCUUUUCUCUUAAUAGGUUUAUCUUGAAUGAGAUAAGGAAAGAGAUGAGGUUACUUUUCCUUAUUUUUGUGAUAGCCUGGUUUCAUCCAUCGGUUUAUUCAGGUAAGAUGUUUAUCGCUGAUAUACCUGCUGUCGUAAUUAACAAUAAUUCUACUUUAUCUAUCACAAGGACUGUUUAUAAAGCCCAAUAUUCACUGCAAAGGGGUUAACGUAUAGUUUAUUUUUCUUGACAUGAAAAAAAUACUAAUUGAUUUAUGGAUUCAUUGACUGAUCUGUUGACGGAUUGAUUGACUAACCGUAGAUGUCGGAAAUCCUUCCGAGUCACAUAAGUCUGCGUGGAACCUAAAACAGGUCAACAGGAUCCAGUUUUGUGUUCACACCACUCAUGGUGAAGUUUUGGAUGAUUGGAGCAUUGCAUUGUGGUGAACAGUUCUAUUCGAUCGAGUCUUGUUGUUCUUGCGCCAGUAUUUCACAUUUUAAAUACAGAUCUUUGUUCAAUGUUUCGCAUCCUCGUUGAUAGUCGACAUAAUCUUCAAGGUGUGAGAAUGUUUUCAUCUUCUGUUUUCUUUUAUUUCAGCUCCGUUUGACGUUCGCAUUGGAAGAGGUAAAGAUUGCUCACAUUUGGUUCAAUGUGUGUAAUUAAGUGGAAUAAUUUGAUAAUAUUACAUUCACGAUAACUUGGUUUUUCUUUAUUGUACCUUCCUUUGCUUUCAUUGUUUUUCAAACUUAUGAAGAUCGUGUCUUUAACGCAGGGCUUGCACUAAGACUUCAUAGAAGGCAGGUUGCAUAUCAAGGUGAGCAAUUAUCAUGGGCUGUAUUUGAAAGUAAACGUGACAUCUGAUUGGUAAAUUAUCAUUUAUCGUCGUUUGUGAAUAGAAGCAAACCAGUAGUUCUUAUGUUUAUUUCCUCUCAUAUUAUUUUUCAUAGGUUAUCCAGGUUAUCCAGAGUACACGUCUACCACGUCACAACAGACAUUCAACCAGAAUGUUGCAACACAGCAGACAGGCGUCACAUCUUCACGUAAGUACAGUCUUUCCUUUGCUUGUUUGAUCAGGAGGAAUUUCGACCUCCUUAGAAAUUUGUAAAACCACAGUCGGAAAUGCGUUAAGACAGCUUAUGUCUUUGGUUUAUAUUUUCUUCUCCUUCUUACAUAUUUUAAACAUUGCUUUUGUUUUGUAGCAUUUCAGCUUUUAACAGUAGAUCUUAAAAAAAAAUUCACACAUUUUCAACCCGGAGGCUUCGCACAACUGAUGCAUAUUCAGAAUUAUGGACACCCUUAAAAACUAGUAGGAAGCUUUAAGACUAUCACAAACACUUUUAUAACGAGAUUUAUCUUGAGUUACUUUUUAAAAUAGAAACCUUGAGCUCAGCUGAUUUGAACGGCAGUCCCGGAGCGACGGUUGCCUCAACUCCGACAACGCAGACAGGACAACAGCAACUAGCAACCCAAACUGGUGCUGGGGUUGUCCCAGUUCAGAACAUCUAUCACACUUCCUAUUCUUCUUUGUCAGCUGCUGAAAAUUCAUAUCCUAAAAACAGCUCUUCUACGCAAGAUGUGACACAAUCAUCAGGAAAUUCAUACAAAAACAGUUCAGCAGCUCCGGUUGCCACAAAUUCAACCCUUGGCGACAGUUACCCUGUAUACUAUGUGUCAAGCUAUCAAGAGCAAACUAUACAGCAGCCGAUUUCACAACCUACAUCAAAUGCAACGACAAAUCCGCCUUCUUCCUCAUCUACACUAAUAACUUCAUCAUCAGCACGUAAUAAAGAUAAUUAUCCAGUAUACUACGUCACGAGUCCUAACGACGAAAGCCAACAGACACCUGGAAUCAGCGAUAACAAUUCGAUCCUCGAUAAAUCAACAAAAACCGUCUCUCCAAAUAAUGAUACUGAUAGUUAUCCUAUCUAUUAUGUGAGCAGCUAUAACAAUGCCACCACUCAGAAAACACCAGCUCAGAAUAUAACAGCUGGUUCAAUCAAUGGAACUGAUACGUCUGACAGUUAUCCUGUUUACAAUGUGGUCAGCCCUGAAACGAGUAAGGACGGUUUAAGAGAACCAUCAAAUAGCAAGGUUCCCGACUCACCCGUUACUUAUGAAAUAAUAAAUAGCACGUCAACUUCUAAACUGAACGGUAACAAUUCUGUUCCUUCUUCAAUUCCAUUCAAUAAUACCCAGUCUACAGCUAGUAGCAGUAACUAUCCCUCUGCUUCCACAUCAGCGCCGGCAUCACCACCAGCAAAUAGUGCCUAUAACUAUUCAUCUUAUCCUGUGGCUCCUGCUCCCUACAGUACAGGCAGCACAUCAUCCCCUGCAAGUGCUCCUUCUCCAGCAACCUACCAAGGCUACGGAACACCAUCAACCUCAGCAUAUCCAGCGCCAGCGCCAGCUCCAUAUCCUGCGCCAAGCUAUUAUGGCUACUCAGCCAGUCAACCAUCUGCAUCACCAUCAACAGUUCAGUCACCUGCACAGCCUUCAAAUAACUCGUACGCUUCCACAUCUCAAGCUCCAGCCCCAGCCCCAGCCCCAGCCCUAGCUCCGGCUCCGGCUCCGGCUCCGGCUCCAGCCCCAGCACUAGCUCCAUCUUCUUCGUCUCCAUCGACCAUACAGACAUCUGCACUGGCUUCAACCAGCUCGUAUAUUUCCACAAAUCAGUCCUCAGCCCUUGCACCUGCUUCAGCACCAGCUCCACCUCCAGUUCCUGCUUACCGUCAGACUCCAGCUCCAGCACUGACACCAGCUUCAGCUCCAGCUCCAGCUUCAGCUUCAUCUGCAUCUUCCCCUCAAAUCACCGGCGUGUCAUCUUCUCCUCCUCCUCUUUCAUCAGAAGCCGAGUCCUCCUAUUCUUCAGCUGGAGAUCAGACGUCUUCUUCUGUUCAAGUCUUGAACACUCCUACCUCCCUUUCUAACCUGAGCUCACAAGAAACUCUCAACUCAGAAUACGAAAACGCAUCAUAUGUCAUCGCCACCCCUCCUGAGAAAGAAACGAUUAUGUUUCUUCCUUCUCCUUCUUUUCCCUUGUCUUCACAAGCCACAAAAUCAGCAAGUUCUAAAAACGCAAAAAGUUCAUCUUCCAAACAAAUGAAUCAACCAUCUCUGUUAAAUGCCACUAUUUCUAAACCCCCAGCUCUAGCCAAUACAACAGAGAUCACUGCCAAUCCCACUUCUAAACCACAAGUGCCUCCACCGGCUAUAAACAAUACCAACACGCAACAAACCUCAAAUGCUUCGCUGUCAGUCGUGCCCCAGAACAUCAGUUUUCCUGCUUUCAGAAAUAUGACGGACAUGUCUAACACAUCUUUUGGUGAACCUAGUUAUAGCCCUCUGCCAGCUCCAACAGACGGACCAGUAAUCGAGAUACCAUUAUCUCCUGAGGAACAAUUUCAUUCGCCUUCGGUAGUCAAGACGAAACCGCCUCCAUCGCACUUACCGACAAAGCCUCCCCCUGCGGCUCAUUCUGUGCUAGUCACGACAAAACCUCCUGCGGCUGUUGGAGCUCAUGCAACUGCCAAACAUAAGGCGAAUGAGUUGGGCUUUGGCGACAAAUAUUUAGGUAUAAAAAUUUUGCUCCUAUAGCUUAAUCUACCCUUUUUUCGAAAUUUUUAUUAUAUUCUUGGGUUUUUACAGCCCCUAAAUAAACGUGCUUGCCAUAGGAACGUAAUAUUCGACGAUUAUAUUUUGUAAGGCGGAGAUAAAAAUUUUUAUGGAGUAUAUGUAUGUCUCUUUUUUUAGAUAGGUAAACCGUCAGGUCUUUUGACUUUAUACUGUAUGUCGAUUUUAUUAGAAUUAUUCAGACAAAUUUGCUGUAGUAGUUCUUUUUUUUUUGAUAAAGGAUUGCAAUGAAAAGAGCGGCAAGCACAAAAUAAUAGUGAAAAAAUCCAAUCUAAAUGCCUUUAUGAAUUUUUGUUUUAUUUUUUUGGUUUCUACAGCCUCUCAAAAUAAACGUGCUCGCCAUAGGAACGUAAUAUUCGACGGAAUCGCCGGAGACAGUCAAUGUAAGUAUUUCAAGAACACAAAAUUGAGACAGUAAGAGAGCUUUCUUCUCAAAUUUGUUCUCAAAUAAGCUUUGUGCAUGGGUUAGAGUAAUAACCAUGGACGAUUUGCAGUCAAACAAUAUGACAGUUCCUCUUGGUUUAAGAGUGAUCACCUUGACGUGGUUCUCUCGAGUCGAAUAAUCUCGUUCUUACAGUCACACUUAAGGAUUCGCGAGCAUUUCCAUUCCUCGUCCUGCCAUAUUCAUUACCAUAUGCCCACAUCGAUUCUUUUCCUUUCGUGCAGAAGAAAAUCCUUCUCUCCCCAACACCUCAUAGAUUGGCAUAAGAGCAGUACUAGGGCGCCAUAUAAGUUCCAUUGCAAUGGUUAAUCCGUGAUAUACAGAGUGAUGCACAUACAGUGUGUCCAUCUCAAAUUCCUUUCGUCCGCAUUUUUGUUAUAGUAAAUAAACAUAAACUUUCUUUUCAUCCUAUCAGCCUUCAGCAACUAUCAAGUAUUCAGUCAGCAUGAUGUAUUCUUCCCAAGAAAUGGUAGGAAACGAAGAAAUGUACCCGUUACUUAAACCUGGUGACUGAAAAGUGUGGAUGAUUUACCGCAGGUCAAACGCAGGAACAAGUAUUUUCAAUGGGAAUCUUAAAUGCUCAAAAGCAACCGCCACGUUUGCAAAGACGUAGAAAAUAAGCAUUGUAAAUAUAACAUUUCUCAUAGUAUAUGUUUAUAUAUCUCUUCCAGUAUUCUAAAGCGAAUCCGGGAUCUGAUUGGGUGCAGUCCCAGCUAUUUAUUUGCUCAGAGAACGGAAAAAAAACUCAGGUUUUCGCUAAUAAACAUUUAGUAAUAGUCACUACUAACCCGCUUUUAGAAUACAGUACUUGAGAGAAAAAUGGGAAAAACUAAAAAAAGUUUCUUUCGAUUUCAGUUAUCUUCCUGAUUAGAGCUAGGGAGAAAAAAAUUAAUUCGAAAACGUUUCGGUAAUAUAAUUCUAUGUUUUGAGUCAUUGUCACCAAAGGAAUUUGACGACUAACAGCAUAACUCUAUAUAUGUUUAUUCCGAAAUCUUUCUGUUCAACGAUUUUACGAAUGUUAAGAUAUCAAUGAAGCAAAUUAUUUUCGUAGCAACCGUUAAAGUUGAAACACAUUCAAUGGUAAAUUCUGAUUCAUGAAGUACUUUAACCAAGUGCUUCCUUGGGACGUGUAGACUGUAGCAAAGCUCUGUUCAUCUUUAUCAAAAUACUCUGAAUGUAAAAGAUGAAUUAUCUGUUCCGAAAUGAUGUAUUUCUCUGAACAGAUGUUAGCAAAUGUAUAACCUGUACAAGACAAUCUCAGUAAAUCCCCCAUUACAUUAGAAUCUCGUCUAUGGCUGCC